AUGAUCGAUGCGAUAUUUAAAUGCAACGGUCCCCUGUCAUGGAAGGAUGUCCUGGCAUUCGUGACGUCGACACCGGAGAUACAGCUCGUCUUUCGCGAAUACCGAACUAUGUUCCUCCGCCGUCAUCUCUCGGGAACACCCAAAAACCUCGGUAGUCCGUCCGACUUCGUCGCGCGCUACACAGAUGGACGCGACACAUCUCAAUACUCCAAGAUUCACGGGAGAUGGUUUUGGAACAUUUGCAAACCGUUGUCACAAGUUUAUGCUCUUGUGGAUCUCCCUGGAGAUAUCAGAACGCGUCUGGGAUUGGAAGAUUGGCACUGCAGUCCCAGGAACAAAAACGAGUUUGUCGCGUUAUUUUCCACUACGCCCUCGUGGAACCCGAAGGCGCUCAUUGACUACGACCACCAUGCCGCCUUGUGGCGAAAACGUCCAGCCCCCUCCAGAAAGAAUGCCGACGAAAUUUCGUUUCUCAGGAGACUCACAAUGCCAGAGCUCGAAGCACUGGAAGAUGUUUGGCACUGGCUUGGGUUCUUCUACGUCCGCAUCAUAGUAGACGAGGGCUUACAUCAUUUAGCAAGAGGCCAAGACGGAACCUACACCGCUAGAGCUGAGAACUUCUAUUUUGCCAUUCACUGGCUGUGUGAGCGGGGACUAGAGCUGUUGUGCAGGGUCAUCGGCGCCCCGCCUGAGGGCCGGAGGGAGGUUUUGCGAGACGCCAUAAACGUGGCCUACCAGAUAAGAUACGACCGGGGCUACCCAUUCUAUCGAAAGUUCGUUUUGAAUGAAGGAAUAUGGUCAGAGAUAUUUCAUCGAAUGCGUUUUACGGCAGGUGCAGGCGCUGAGGAGGAGUUGAAGAAACACAAAAGAUACCUUGAGCUUUGGCAUCGGCAAUGGAGCGCUGCUUGCGAGCCGGGCGAGCUGCGCCGUCAUCUGACUAUCGCUCAGGCGCAAAUGUUGCUUGUAAACCAUGGUGUAAGUGCAGACGAGCUUACUGAUGCUGAGCUGAGUGCGUUCCUGCUCAACCCGGCUCCGGCUGCGGCCAGGAGACAAAGGUCCAUUGGCACUUACGCCAGUCAUAACGCGACAGCGGGAGAGGAGUCCUGA